AUGAAGCUGCUCUACCUAGCGCUAUUCUCGCUCGCUUCCCUUGUUCGCGCAGAUGACGUCGAUGUUGGAAUUGUGUGCCCCCUCGCUGUAGACGAUGCCUUUGUCUGCCCAAAACUCUGUCUCCCAACGACUACAAAGACUAUUACAGUCACACCUACAUCGACAUAUUACCCACCCUGCCCAACGAGAAUAUUCACCAUCGACCCUAUUCCAGCUCAGACACUCAAUGCGAGGGCAUCUAUCCGCCCUGUUCCGUACGUAUUCCAUCUAGGUUUCGGUGGUAAACCUGCUCGGCUGCAACGACCAAGGGAUGCGAUUGUAUGUCCUCCUAUGCGUCUACCGAAGAAGGAUGCCAUAACCACGGUUACGGCCGUCACGACGAUACUUGCCCCAUGCGGAACGCAAAUAUACACCGUUGAUCCUGCAGGACCCACUAUUGCCGCACGGUAUGCAUUGACUAUUACUACUCUCUCGUAUGUUUCUCAGGCGAACGUGCCCUCCCUCGACAUCAAGGACGCAGACACUAGCAUGCCGCUUUUGCAUGAUGGCUCACAUCACCCUUACGCGUAUGCAUACGACGACCAAGCUAGUCACAGAGGUGGCUACCCCAACGGACAUUCGUCACUGCCCGCUGCAGACAGCCAAAUAGGCCUACAUCACUCUUCGAUAGAAAUUAAUACAAUAUUUUGGCUCUCCUUUGAGUAUGAAGGACUCCAUAGAUGCGAUACCUGA